AUGGUUAGUACACAUUGUGUUAUUCAUCCGCCAGCUUUGUCUUCCAAAACAUUGCCACAGAAGUUACGCCAGACUUUGAACUCGGCUAUAAGGAUUGUAAACUACAUCAAGAGCAGCGCUUUGAACAGUAGGUUAUCUACUUUACUAUGCAAGGAUCUCGAUUCUGAUCACAAAGUUCUUCUGUUCCAUACAGAAGUACGCUGGCUGUCCAAAGGCAACAUGUUGGCUCGCCUUUAUGAAUUGAAAGAAUAG